AUGACUGAACAGUCAGGUGACGCUGGCAGCCUCUCUCUACCACCACCACCAAGAGCCGCCCACGGGGGUGGCGUGAUUGUUUCUCCGCUUUUCCGUCCACAGGUCCAUCGCCGCCUCAUGUGUCGCGUUUUUGUCUUCGGUGGUCUCAACACCAGUGGCCCUCUCAACGACUUUUACUAUUUCGAUGAGGGUUGGUUCCAAUAA